AUGGGGAACGAUGGUGGAGUGAUCGCUGUGAAGCGCAAGUUCAUGCGCCACGCGAACGUCAAGGCACGUAAUGAGAAAGCUGAUCAGGAAGCGCUACGCCUGGAGAAGGCGCGUACAUGUGCUGUAUCCUCAGAUCCGCUACGCGAGCCCGUGGUGGCGUGUCGUUUGGGUAAUCUGUUCAACAAGCAGGCGGUGCUGGAGCAUUUACUGGCCAAGUCGAUGCCUGAGCGAUUCCGUCACAUUACGUCGCUGAAAGAUGUGGUGACGUGCCGUGUGACGCGCGAGAAAGAGGAGGAGGAGGACGCGCUGUGGAGCUGCCCCGUCACAAUGACAGAGUUUAAUGGCAAGCAGCCCUUCGUUGUGCUCUUCUCGUGUGGCUGUGUACUCUCGGAGCGUGCUCUUAAGGCCGUUAGCACGAAGGAAUGUCUGGUAUGUGGAAAAUCAUUUGAAGAGCAGAACGUCGUGACGCUGCUAUUGGAAGACGAGCAGUACGCGGCGAACCAGAAGAAAUUGCUGGAGGCCAAGGCCGAUGAGAAACGGGCCAAGAAGAACAAGAAGAAGGCGAAGGAGGAGAAAGACGAUCAAAAGAAACAUCACAAGGAAAAGAAGAGCAAGAGGAAGGCAGAGCAUCUGGGUGAGACGAAGGAUGCGAGACUUUCCAAAAUUGCCAAGGACGCAAGUGAAUCCAUCUCAAAGGCCAAAGAGAAGAGCCAAGUGUUUGCCUCUAUCUUCUCAAAGGACAAGAAAGAGAAGGCAAGCGCUAACGACCUGCUCAUGACUAUCGCAGGUAUGCGUUACACGCUGUCGUAG